CUCGUUUGCAUGGCGCGAUGUCAACGAAUGGUACCAAGAUCGCGGCGCAGGCGGCAACGCCGCCGCUGGCCAAGACCACUAAUGGCGAGAAGAGCCCUACGAAAACCGCGUGGGCAAAGCAAGGUUCCGACAAGCCCGCUGUCGGGGCCUCCAGAAAGUACUCUGCGUCGUCCUCCACUCCACAAGGCACCACCCCAACAACCAUGCCAACAUCAUCUCCAACGAAACACAUCUCCGUGAAAAAUGCGACACAUUCAGCAAAUGCUCCGACGUCACAAUCAUCCCCCCCAAAGCCCCAAUCCUCACCUGAAAAACCGAAGAAGGACCGGGUGAACCCACCCGCUGAGCCUUCAGUGUCCUCCAAACCCUCCGACGCCACCCCGAUUACAGUAACCCCAGAGCCGACACCAUUUUCUAGCGCUUCACCACCAAAAUCGACUCCGAAGCUCUCGAAAACAGCUACAAAUGCUACCGACGUUCCUGACUUUGACACACCGUUGGGACUGUUUGGUCCACAAUUUCAACAGCGCGAGUCGGAAGACCUCUGCUUUUCCAUGGGCAUGACAGUUCAAGAAGUCCAAAACCUGAUUGCUAUUUUCAACGACAUUGACCUAAGUUGCUCGGGGCUCAUCAACCUGCGCGAAUUUUACUUUUUGCUCGACACUCCUCAAAACAAGUACACGUCGGCCAUCCUCCGCUUUGGCGCACACAAGACCGACCCCGUCAAGCUCGACAUCGACGACUUUGUCCGCAUUGUGUGCACCUUUGUACUCAUGUCCCAAACCGACAUCUACCGGUUGUGCUUUGACACGUUCGACGAAGACGACUCGGGGGCGCUGAGCAAAGACGAGUUUGUCGUGAUGUGCGACUCGAUUCAAAUCAAGGGCGAAGGGUUCUUUCAAGGCAACUUUCGCAAAGCCAUGGACACAUUCGACGCCAACCACGACGGCCUCUUGGAUUUUCCCGAAUUUAUCGAGAUGAACCGCAAGUUUCCGCUCGUGUUUUGGCCUCUGUUUCACUUUCAAGAAACGGUGCAGGAAAAGACGCUGGGCAAACGCGUCUGGGCAAAAAUUCACGCACGCCAGCUCAAAAUCGACGCAUGGCGCAACUACAUGACACGGUUCCUUGGCCGGGCGCCGCCUUUGACGUGGCAAGAGCGAUGGUGCGGAUGCAUCUCGAAGGACCACCGGUUGCGGCUCAUUGCAGCGCAGUUGUACGACCAAGACCAGCUCCGGCUUAAGAUCCAGCAACAGCUACCUCGCGCAGGUCACGAGAAGGAUGGAAAACCAACUCAGUCGAUACCGCGGGGGGCAUUCGCCAAAACCACUUCGAGCAAUACCCCGAAACAUGCCAAAACGACUUGAAAACACUUUGACUGUUCUUGUGCGAC